AUGCGGCGUCUGUGCCGCGUUCGCUACCUCGUUCGUUCCCUCGUGCUCGCCCUGGCGGCGGCGUUGGUCCUGGGCUCCGCAGCGUCGCCCCAUCCAGGGCGGUCGCGAGAUGAGGAGCUCCUCGUCUCUCGCCCGUCCGCGGCGGACUCUGUCUCGUCGGGUGGCGCCCGCAACGUGAGGCAAGACGCUCACAGCCGUGCGUCUUACGCCUUGCGCACGUUUGCGUCCCCUCGCGUGCCAUCGCGGACGCAGAAGACCGAGCGCAGGCGGCGACGGGAGGACCAGGAGAACGAAGACAGCAAGCGGUAUGGCGAGCACACGCCGGCCGAGGUGUCCCUGGAGGAGCCCCUUGAGCCCGAAGGCGACACACUGGGAGACACAAACGGCCCGACCCACGAGGACACCCAGCGCACGGAACCUCCUCCUGAGGACCACGUGUCGAUUACCGAUGUCGACGUGCCUGUCUAUCCGGAGAGCCGAGACUACAUUGCAUGGCCGUCGAACCCGUACUACGGCAUGUACUCUCUGCGCAGAGAAGGCAAACAUUUGAUUUACCCGUCUGCUCUUCCCUACGUCUACGAGGCUGUUGCGCCGUCUUGGGCUGUCUCUGGCUCGCCCGCGGCGUCGCCCACGUUGUCGCAUGCUCCCAAGGCAGCGGCUGGCGAUGCCUCGGCUUCUGUGGAUGGAUCGCUGACUCCGACGCGAAAGUGUGCCUUUUUUCUCUAUGUGCAUCCAAUGGCGCCGACGUUCGUCACGAGCGGAGAUCCGAAGCGCGUCCCAGGCCCGAACGGCGGGGCCUACGAGUCCACGAGCACGCUUUGGUACUGGCAGCUGCAGGAGCUGAAGCGGCGCGGAGAGCACGACGCCGCCGUCCUCUUCUACCCGCAUUUCCAUCCGCGCAUGCUGUCGGUAGGCAGUCCGGAGGCCAGGAAGCGGCGCGGCGCGAGCGACGCGCGCGCGCUGCACCACCAGGGCAUUCGGGAGCACGCGGGCUGGCUGGCGGCUCAGACGCGUGCGGUGCUUCGAGUGCUGCUGGGAGAGAGCCAGGGCCCAAUCGGUGGUGCCGGCAACGGCCAAGAGGCAGCUGGCGGAGGCGGGCAGGGCCGCAACGGCGCUGCGGCAGCCGGCAGGGAUGGCAGAAAGCGAGCUCAGGAGAAAAGCACAGGCAGCGGCGCAGAGCCUAACAAGGCGGCUGACGACACGAGUGACUACGACGAGCACCUCGUCAGGCAGGUCGGGCUGGAAGACUUGCGGACGAAAUGCGACAGGUGGGAGUUGUUUUUUCAGGCCUGGGGCACCGGCGGCCUCUCGCUGCGGGCCAUGCUCUCGCUGGGCCUUAUGCUGUGGACGAAUCGCGACGGCUGGAUGGUCGACGUCCUCCGCCUCCACGCGCUCCUGCAUCGCUUCGGCGUGGCCGCGACCGUGCCUCAGCUCAGCGGCGGCAGCCGAGGGCACUUCCAGGGCGAGGACAAUACGACGGCUGGGUCCUCCGAGACGCCUCGUCGCAGUCUGCGCCCCAACCCAGCCCGCCGCGAGCCCGACGGCCGCCGCAGCGGGCGCUCGACCUUCGCCAAGCGCUCGCUCGCGGGAGAGUUGGGCGGUGCCUUUGGCGUGCCUUCGUCGGCGGCACCCGGUGCGCGGCGGGGGCGGGGUGCGCGUGACGAGUGGAGAGAGAAGGUCUUGAGACAGGAGGAUGACGCCGAAGACGGGGCCGACGCUGGGAAGCAUCUGCCGUCGGUGCAUCUGAAGAGCAUCAGUUUCAUUGGUGUCCCACACGGAGGCAUCGGGAGUCGCCAGGAGCGGAACCACGGCCUGGAGAAACUCGGCUGGACCAAAUGGCUUAUGGGCGUGUUCCCAGAGGUGCUGCUCUCGCGGAUCGGAAACACCAACUACGUCCGCGAGCUGCUUCACGUCGACAAUGACCUCGUGGUGUGUUCGCUGGCGCAGGAGGAGAAGCAGAACUACAACUUAGUGGAGCGCGAGGGCUCGCUGCUCUCCUUCUUCGACACUGUCCUCUUCUACGCCUUCCUCAACGCAGAGUUCGACGUCCCUACACUGAGUCAGCUGGGGGUGAGCGAGGACGUGGUGCUCACGUCCGAGGCUGCUGAGAUCCUGCGGAGCAACCCUGCGGCCCAGAAUCGUUUCUUCUACGUCGACCCCUUCCAAACUGCUCUAAACAAACUGGACAUUAUGACCUCGCCGCGCUUCGCGUCCCUCAUCGUCGACCGACGCGCGUGCACUGCGGUCUCGGCUGCGCACAUUUACAACUUUGUGCUGAGAGUGCUCGAGGUCGUGAACGGGCAGCAGCGCCCCAAAAGCCUGAUCCCGAACCGCUACCUUGCCUUCCGGGGCGACCACUUCUACGAUGCCAGAGACGACGCCAACUCCUGGACGUACCUGGUCAGACAAAAGAGCAAGCACGAAAACGCUGGCGCGUCGAGAUUUGUGUAUAUGCACCAGGCCGUCCGCCUGCUCCAGGGUCGAGACGCACAAGAGGUGUCUUUUGAUGACGACAGACACAGCGAGAUAUGCAACAGUUGGUUCUACCGCACGAGCUGA